AUUGUUGAUUCACCACCCACUCUCUCAACCGACGCUGUUGCUCCACUUCGCCCCUCCUACAGCUGGUCAACUGUCCCUAUCCCAUCUUAGUUUAUCCGCCGUCCGGCGCACAAAUUGUCCCACCAACCAAUUACCCACUCAUACCGAAAAGGAUCCCGUGCUGCGUUUCCCUCUCGCCCAUGGCGCGCUCAACGCAGCGGUAUGAGGCGCCGCAAACUUUUACCGAAUCUCCAGACCCUGCAAUCGAGCCUCAAGAGCCGACCGUAAAGUCGAGCAUGCCGGCUUCACCCACCCGAAGCGACGGGAGUAGCGAGAGUGAAGGCAGGCCCGUUAGGGAAAAGUUGAAGGAGACUAGAAUCGAUGCCCAGAAUUCCUCUGACCUGCCUUCGAGUUCUGAUUUGCCUAUGAGUGAUGCCCCCAAUGGAACCUACCACGCUUCAACACAGGCCGGAGAUCAAAGCACAUCUGGAUCUGAGAGCGAUAGGGGCCGCUUACGACGUAAGAGGAGCUUCGAGGACUUCACGGUCGACCAUGGAGCGGAAAAACAGCCUGAAAAACAUGAGCGCCAUGCCCGCAAGAAGUCUCGGGACGUUACGAGCCCUCCGGCCGAGACCCCCGAAGUUGUAGAGAGGUCAGCGAAUGAGCUGGUUGCCCCAAUCAAUGAAAAUGAGGGAGAUGAGACCAUGAUUUCUAUCGACAGGCCGGCAGUAGAUCAUGAUUCUACAUCGAACCGACCUGUCACUCCUGAAGGCAGGAAGCCUGAUAUGGAUGAAGCUGCGAUCGUCAGUCCCAAGAACAAACGCACCCGCGACGCAUUGGACCGAGACGUUGGCUCCGGCUUAGCCGCCGAUUCCUUGAAAGAGUCCGAGUCUUCCGUCAAGGCAGAAGAAGAGCGCAAUCCAAAGCGACAACGAGACAAGAGUGAACCGCAGCCACUGGCGGAGGUAAAGGAAGACACGCCCAAUAUCCCAGCAACUGGUAGUUGCUCGAAGGUGUCGGCACCAUCACCAUCACCAUUUGCCGCCUUGUCACCCACCAAGCCCGCUUCAAGCGGCUCCAGAAAGACGGUGGAUGACGCUCCACAAACUUCGGACGAGAAUUUCAAAAAGUCUGGGUUUGGCAACUUUGCCGGUGCUUCGUCAUCCCCUUUUGGCGCUCUCGGUGGUUCUGGAUCAAACUCACCUUUCGCCCCAGCGGGGGCAAAGCUCACGAGUUUUGCAUCACCUUCUAGUUCCUCCGGUGUGUCAGAAGGUGGGUUUGGCGCUCUAGCGAACAGUUCAAGUAAAUCGGUCUUCGGCGGGAGCCUAGCAACGCCUGCAACGGGGAAUAAGUCUGUAUUUGGUGGGACUCUUGGCAAUGGCACUGGGAUUGGCUUCAGCAGCCAGAGCGCCUUUGCUAAUCUCAGAGGCUCAAAGACGCUAGCAUCCUUCGCCACUCCUGGCGUCAAGGGCAUAACUGGGCUGAAGGCCAAACAUGAGAGAGUGUUUGGUGCAUCUCCCCAGGAUGAAGAGGAAGAUGAUGAAGAUGGUGAGAAUGACGAAGACUCGGCUUCGGACAAGGAAGCCUCAGAGCAAGACCCUCGUUUCCAUCAGCAAGAGGUGGAGACAGGCGAGGAAGGGGAGAACACGGCGUGGAGCGGACGAGCCAAGCUAUAUUCUAUGGUCGUCCAAGGAACGUCCAAACAAUGGCAAGAGCGUGGCGUCGGCCCCUUCAAACUGAAUGUCUCGAAAGACGCACCAAAGAAGGCUCGCUUCGUCCUUCGAGCAGAUGGCACGCACCGACUUCUUCUCAAUGCCGCAGUCACAAAAACUUUAAAAUUCGGAACUCCAGAAGGAUUGAAACCGGCCGAUGGAAAGGUUUACUUCAACAUUCCUACAGUUGAUGGCGGCAUUGAAAUGCACACGCUCAAAAUGAAAAACGAGAAGGCUGUGGAACUUUACGAUGCCGUCAAGCAUGUCCAACAACAUGAGUUGUAGUGCUGGACUUCCCUCCACUCCUUGCUUCCCUCGUGAUUGAUUUUCCAUGCUUGGCGUGCUUUCUGUUGGAUUCUUUAAGCUCCAGCCAACACAUUGCAUCACGAUACCUUGCAUAGAAUCUCUUUGGACUUAUAAAGGCUUCUCACCCUUGACCGAUAC